AUGAGGGUCGACCUUCAGGACGAGCUCGAUGAGGUCAUGAGCCUUGAUGACCAUAUAGAUCUUGGUCAGCAGACGGACAUCGAUCUACAAAUCCACACGGACCUGAAGCCCAAGACUGCCACCGCGCCUUCGAGCUUUCCCAAGUUCAACUCCUUGCCCCCGUAUAUCCGUCGUAUGAUUUGGAAGCUUGCGAUGGAUGAAGAGAACGGAGCUCGUUACGUCGCCCUGGACAGCCGCCUUUCCAUCUGCCGACCUGUCCCGGCGCUGGCCCACGUCUGCCGCAUGUCGAGAAGUGUUGCAUUCGAGAAAGGUGGUGUAUUCGAGCUCGGAGAUGGUAGCAUCACCUGGUUUCGCCCCGAUACUGACUUCGUCUACUGGGACUCGGUCAAGUUUAACUUGGGAGAACUGACCUCCUCCGUUCAGAAUCUCAUCAUGCCCUUGGUUGAAAACUGCAGCUCCGGCCAACUUUUCGACCGACUUUCCGAGACAUUCGAGGAGCUCUUUGUUUCCGAUGACCCGAGUCGACUGGAGAACAUCUUCAUCUCCGUGGAGUGGACUACAGCGUCCAACAUUUGGAGCGAGAUGGCCAUCUCUCAACUCUUUGGGUCGAGCAGAAUUGUUGCGCCCGCUCUCGACCAGUUCGACCCUCUCAUCGACCACGUCGAUGGCACUUCUCUGGUGCUUCCUGGGACAAUCGAUAAUAUGUGGAAGCAGUAUAGAGCGAUUCCCUUUGAUACGUCGGUUGCCUGGAGAACGUAUGCUGGGGAGGCCCUGCGUGCCUGGAUCCAUACCGCUGCCUGGUUUUCCGACCUGAUUGGCGAAGACCAGUUUGAGGACUUCGAGAAUGAGCGCUUGAUGCACCCCGACGGAGGCUCCUGGUGGGAUUGGUUUGCAGACCGUGCGCCCAGCAUCUUCCCUACUCUCGUGUUCGCGAGGAUGGACGGCGAUGAGAUAAUCAUGACUUUCACUUGA